AAAAUACCUGUUGUGAUAAACUCAAGACCUUAUCGGGCUUUCCCGAUAUGUGUCCAAACCAGCCAUGGACUUGCGUAGUAAUUAAUCUAAAGCAGCGUGUGAUAUCAUGUAGCACCUGUAUGCAGCGACUGUGAGACAGUAACCUACAUGUGAACGCGUGUUGCGUGCGUGUGUGUUGCGUGUGCCCGUGCGUGUGUUGUGAGAGAGGACAGAGGUGUUUUGCCAGUAAUUUCCAAGCUUCCCGAUGCGCUCAUUGGUGCAUCCUUCCAACGUGUCACCAGUUUUGGUGGAUUACCCCAGAUAUCUUUACCAUCAGGAGGGUGAAACAUCACUCAGCUCCUCUCUUCACGAGCUACCAACAAGGACCUCUGACGUUCGGGAGACUUUCUUUCGCAAAGAACAACUCAGAAGGGGAAGGAUUUGAAGAUUUUUUUUUUAUUGGUUUUCCAGUUUAGAAGUCUGGACGUUUAUUAGUUACCUCAGUCCGAGUACAAAUACGCAGUUAUUUACUUCAAGAUCGAAGAUGGCCAUGUCUUUGUCACUCUCAGCGUUCCUCCUGUUGGCACCGUUGCUGUUUAAGGGUCUCUGGGUCAGUGGCUCCCCGGGCUGCGCGUCUUGCAGGUUGUCAGCGAUGGAUAAGGACGCAGAGGAAAGGAUGAUGAUAGAAUUCGCCAAGCAGCAACUUUUGGACAAACUGCACCUGAAAGAGAAACCAAACAUCACUCACACCGUGCCCCGGGUCGCGCUCCUCACGGCGCUGCGCAAACUUCACUCGGGGCGCGUCAGACAGGAUGGUACCCUUGAACUAGAAAACAAUAUACCAACCAGAGAUCAAGCCUAUGAAAUAGUGAGCUUUGCAGAUAUAAAUGAUGCAAAGAGCAGUGACAAGGCAAGCGUUAGCCUUACCUUUCAGUUUCUGCAGGAACGUGGCCAAAGUAUCCAGGUCCUCCAGUCCUCUUUGUGGAUCUAUGCCCGUGCCUCUGAGGACCCACAACGGAACUCUCGUCUCCUUGCCCAGGUUUUCCUCUCCGUAGAUGGUGACAUCUCAGGCUCUAAUCGGACCUUGGUGAUGGAAAAGAUGUUGCACGUCAAGGAGAGUAACUGGCACACUUUCUCUGUCACCCACACCCUGCAAACCUUCUUGGACGGGGGCCAACAUCGGCUGCAGCUGGAGGUCACCUGCGAAGAAGACGGACAGAACCUUUGCUCCCUAGAUGGCUCUGCUGAAACCCCCUACCAGCCCUUCCUGGUGGCUCAGGUGCGUCUCCGUGAUGACCACUCCAAGCAUUUGCUCAGGAAGCGCUCAGUGCGUUGCGGUGACGAUGUAACAGUCUGCUGCAAGAGAGACUUCUACAUCAAGUUUAAAGACAUCCAGUGGGAUGAGUGGAUCAUUGCGCCUGAAGGCUACCAUAUGAACUACUGCAUGGGACAUUGCCCCCAACAUCUGUCCGGUUCCCCAGGUAUAGCAUCCUCAUUCCAUGCCACUGUCUUCAGCCAACUCAAAGUCAAUGGUAUUAACACAGCUACAGCCUCAUGUUGCGUUCCCACAGAGCGUCGACCACUCUCAAUGGUUUACUUCAACUCUCAGCACAGCAUUGUCAAAACAGAUGUCCCUGACAUGAUAGUGGAGACCUGUGGAUGCACAUAAAAAAUUGAGUAUUACUAUUAGUGGUAUAAUUAAUUAUUUUCUUGAGUGUAUUGUAGACAAGUUGACUUAAAGAAACACAAAUUUGACCAACUUUGGACAAACAACUUUUACACAGAGUACUUUAAAAUGAGAAAUGCCCACCCAAAAGACUUUUAAAUUAUCGACAGAGGAUGUUACUAGACUAUCUUUACAAAUACAAACACGUUUGUUUUAUAGCAGUUACUCAAUAGGUGUGUUGUGUGUAUUUUUGCAUAAACGUAUGAAUUAACACUCUAGGUUUACAUUAAGAAAAUUAUGGGCACAAAAAAGAAUAUUAUGAGUAUAUAAGUAUUAUGUUCUAAAGAAAUAGGUAUUGAUACAGUUUACUGCUUGUAGUAACUUUUAAUUUAUUUCUAAACUCUUGUAGUCAGUAUUUAAAGAAUCUCAAAUGCAUUUCAGUGCCUAGAGGUGAGCAAAUACGCUAAGUCUGGAUGCAGAUACAUUUAUUCUUUUAUAUGUCAGAGACAAAAAUCAAAGAGCAGCACUAAAAUAUGAAAGACUCAAUAAUAAAGUUUAGAUUUCAAUGCAAAAAAGUACAGUGAAUACAAAUGUACAGUAAUGAUAUCAGGUUCCAUUUUCAAACGUAUAUAAACCCAUAAAGUCUUGCAUUAAUUAAUUUUCACUUUUGUCGUUUGUACCUUACAACUUUUACUUUUCACAUGCUGCCGGGAUGAAGUUCAAAGAUGCACUACAUUUUUUUCCUAAUUCAUUGUAUGUUUUAUAGUCUGUUUUGUGUUAUAAUCAGUGUCCAAAUGUAAAAAAAUUAUAUAUAUAUUCUAUACUUUCAUUUUUACGUAACUAUUUCUUUCAUUGUAAAUCUUCAUCCACCUAAAUGCUGCUGUUUUACAGAAAUGCUUUCAAAGCAAUGAAAAACUUUUAAAGCGUGCCUUUUUCUUUAACUUCUGAUGACAUUAAAGCAAAUACAUUUACAUUCCACAAAUACUUUGAUCACAUUGUGAGGCUGCGAGGGGAACAAGUUGUUGUUACAAUGCAAGAAAUCUGGACUGAUUUCUGUCAAAGGGUACCCCAUGCUGCAUGUAGCUGGAAUAUGUUUAAUCAGCAUCUCCACUGUAUUAUUUACACAACCUGGCUUAUCAUUUGGGCAACUGUGGCUCAAACAGCAUAUGAAUGCAAGGUUAUUCUCAGCAAUGUGAGCAAACAUUUAGCUAUUGCUUCAGUGUCAGGUGAAGGUUUGGAGGGUAGGUAGGUCAGUGAGCAUGUGCUGCUGCACGCUGGCAUUUUUAGCUCUCAAAGUCUAAAGAUUGCAAAAUUUCAUGCUUUCCAGGUGGAGCCAGUCUUGUUUCUUUCAUAUGCUGGAAACAUCGUACACGUGUCCCAGUAGCAUAAUUUACGUUUCAUAAUUUCACAAUCUUUGCAUAGCUGUAUAGUUUUAACUGUAUAGCAGAAUGUCUAUCGGAACAUUACCAAGUAAAGCAAAUGUUUACCGAUUUCCAUACUAAAAUCACUUCACAGUUUAAAUUUGGUGGGAAACGGUGCAAACUGAGAUCUACUCAAGGAAGGGAAAAAUGAAAACAGCAGUACAACAACGAGAAAGCAAAGGAGCUCAGCAAUAGAUUUUUUUUUUAGUUUCCCCAACUUUGAACCUGGAAGAGUGUUAAUAAAUUAAUGUCUAUCAAUACAUCACAUUUUUAUUUUUAGAGAUGAUACCCAGGGUUUCUUUACUUCUACCUGUAUUAACACUGUGUUCAUCUUGGCUGUAUUGAUAUACUAUAUGUCUUACGGACUUGGAUUUUACAGCCAUAAUGCAAAGGAAACAACUGAAACAGUGCAUGGGGGAAUUUUUUACCAAAGACCAUAAAAACCCUUUUAUUUUAAUUUUGUGCUGAUAUUUGAUAAACUAUUUUCACCUCUCUCUCUCUUGCCUCUAUGUGCUGCUCUUGUAUUAAAGCAAUUUACUUUACACCUGUGUGAAAUAAUUAUAAAACUGUUGUAUUUUAAUAUUAUGAUUGAUAUUGUAGGCACUUCUUGUCCAAGACUCAAUGUGACAUUGAAGUGCCAUUGCAACAUAUCUUAUUAAGCACUUUAUCACCCUACUGUAUUUUAGAGUGUGCUGACAGUUCUAUUACUGCACUUAAUGCAUCAGGUUGGCAUUACCUGAAAUACCUAAAAGCGGGCCUACAGAAAGAAAAUGUCAAUUUUCAAAGUUCUAGUUGUUUUUAAAAGUGUGUGUGUGUGUGUGUGUGUGUGUGUGUGUGUGUGUGUGUGUGUGUGUGUGUGUGUGUGUGUGUGUACUUUUGGAGCAUUCACAGAAUGCAAGAAUUUGAAUUCUGUUUCAAUUGAAAUUUGUAAUCGUUGUUAUUUUUGUAUCAUAUUAUUUUGUUUUAUGUAAAUGAAAAAUUUGUAAGAGCAAAUACAAUUCAGAAAAGUCAGUGUGUGAUAAAAUGUCAUGAUUCUAUUUUUAAUUAAUAAAUAAAUCUAUAUUUUAAACAGA